GGGCUUAUCUUUGGAUCAACUGGUAUCAAAAAAAAAUGUGGAUUCUAUGGAGUCGUGCUGCUAUUGAAGAUCAAAUUUGUAUUUUUCGUACAACAAUGUUAAUGGAGUCCCACUGGAAAGUUAUAAAACGGGAUUUUUUACCAAAGUUUUUUCGUCCACGAAUUGAUCUUCUUAUUUAUAUAAUUAUCAGCCGGUUGAUCCCUCAUCAUCAGCAACAAUAUCAAAAAUAUUUAAAUGAAAGAGAACACAUAUCUUGGAAAAAAGAUUUUAAGAGAGAAUGGAAAAAACUUGAAAAUGUAAAAAUCAAUAAUUUUUAUUUAACAGAUACUACAAGAUGGAUUUGCAGUUGUUUGUCAUUUGCUCGUAAUAGAUUUUUCAUUUGUAAACAUCUUGUCCAACAAUAUGGUAGACCAGAAUCAUUUUAUGAUGUUCAUCGUCAAGAAAGAUAUCCUUUCAUAUUCUUUAAUACUAUGGAAACCACUAGUGAAUCAGAUAUUGUAUUAAUAGAGAAUGAUAAUAUUCAAAAAGGUAUUUUACAAGAUGUUACGAAUAUUGAAGAUGAUGAUAAAAAUGAAACUGAUAAAAUAUUUGAUGAAUAUGAGGAAUGGUUAAAUGGUACAUUAGAAAUAAUUCGUAAACAAAGGACUUUCGGUAAUUAUAGAUGGGCCAAAGCAAUAAGAAAUAGUUUGGAGGGGGUUCAUAAAUUAUAUUCUGAUGUAAAAACAUAUCAAAAUCGCCAUACCAAUCCACGAACCUUUUGAAUCUUCAAAUUUUAACUUUUAAGACGGGUUAUAUUUUUUUUAACGUGUUAUAUUUUUGCGAGAAAAAAAAGAU